UAUUUCACAGCCCCGCAGCCAUGGGGGGCGGCGCUUUCAUCCUGGUCCUCGCCGUGGCCCUGGCAGAGAGUGUUGCUCCUGCAGAGAGGAAGUGCCAGCUCAGCGGACUGUGGAGGAAUGACCAGGACUCACUGAUGGAGAUUUCGGUGUUAAGGGACAACGGGGACUUCCAAGGACAAUACCUCACCCGAGUCACCCUCUCCGAGGGCUGUGCCCUAAUCUCCCCCCUGAGGGGUGCCCAGCAGCAGCUUGGAGAGGAGGGCUGGCCCACCUUUGGCUUCACUGUGAGCUGGGAUAAGUUCUCCAGAAUUCAGCUGGGUGAUGCUUUGGUGCAGCUAAGCAGCAACACCUAUGCAGCACGGGCUAAGGGGCAGUGCUGGCCUGGAACAGGGGAGUCCCUCCUCACCCAACACCUUUGGGGCAAAUAUGGUGUGUCCAGACCUUGUUAGCACAAGUGGAGCUGCAAAUCCUGCCUUGUCUGAGGGAGCCACAGGGAAGGGCAGGACCCCCAAGCAUGGUUUGGUGGUUGUGUGGCCAUUGGAGCAGGAACACUGUCUGGGAGGACAGUGGGGAAGGGGCAGCAGCCAGUUUCCCCACACAUCUCCCAAUAAGUCCUUU